AUGGAGGGGGAGACAGGCGAGAGUGAGAAGGCAGCAAUAAAGAAUAAAAAUAAGAAUCCGGCUACAGUGUCGGAUAGUUCAAGCAGUGAGAAAACGGGUAAAAAAAUUUUUGCCACACCAAAAGAAGAAAAAAGAGGAAAGGAAAGACUUACAAAGGAGGAGUUAAGAAUGAGAGAAAGAUCGAGCUCGUUCAGCAUACUGGAGUUUAUGACAAGUGAUAACAGUACGGCAUGCGAGUUAGCGAAAGCCAAGAGGAAAAGAGAGAAAAACGAACAACGUACGAUGGAAAUUUCCAAGAGAGAUAACAAGACAGUGAGAACGCCAUCAGGUAUGGACAAAGCGAAGGAUGGAGUCGAUGCUGUAGGUAAGAAGAGAAAAGAGGAAGGAGUUCUGUCAGCAACAAAGAAAGAUGAAGAGGACGGUUCGCUAUUAGCAGUAUUGAGAGAGAUUAGAAACGAAAUGAGGGACCUGAGAGACGAGAUGAGAGAGAUGAGAGAGAGGAUGAACGUCUUAGAAGAGGGUCGGAGAAAAAAAGAAGAAAAGGUAGAGGAAAGGAUGGAUAAGAUAGAAGAGGGUCUAUCGAAGAUCGAACGAAGGAGUGAAAACGCAACGGAUAAGUCGACCGGCGGCAAAAUGGAGGAGAUUGUGGGAAAGGUGGCGGAGAUGAGGGAGUUUGGUGCAAAAGCGGGAGUGAAGAAGAUGCGGUCAACACGCAGAGUAGGAAGAGAGAUAAUAAUAGUCGAAAUGGACUGCUGGGAAGCGAAGGAUAACAACAUGAAGGAGAAGAAGAAGCUGGGAAGUAAGAAAAUUUACAUUGAUCACGACUUGACUUUUGAGGAUAGAGAAGGGCAAAGACGGAUAAAAGAAAGGGCAUGGAAAGAGAAAACAGAAGAAAAAUGGGUGAAAAUAGGUUUUAGAAAGCUAGAGAUACAAGUAUAUAAUGUAGGAGCAAAGAAAGAUGUUGAAGAGAUAAUGGCAAAAAUAACAGAGCAAUGCGAAGGAUGCGAAGGAGAAGAUAUUAUUAUAGGAGGUGAUUUUAAUAUUAGAAUAGGAAACUUAGGAGGUUGUAGGGAGGAGGAGUAUGACUUUGAAAAGGAGAGUAAAGAUAAAGUCAUAGGAGAUGGCGGCAGAAGUUUUGUGGAUAUGAUAAAUGAAAAAAGAUAUGCGCAAGAGCGAGUGUUGGAAUUUAGAAUAGGGGACAGGGUGGACUCGGAUCAUUUGCCUCUGAACUUGUUACUGGAGGAAGAGGAAAAUACGAGACAAAUGGAGGGGUGUACAGAAGAGGAAAAAGAAGAACGGAAUAUGUCAAAGAAGAUCAUAGUGUGGAACGAAGAGGCAAGGAAAUUAUACAGGGAGAGGACGGAGGUAUGGAAUGAAACCGAGGACCAGAAAAUGGAGUCGGUGGAUAGGAAAUGGGAAAAAAUAAAAAACUAG